AUGUUUUGGUUGCUACUAUUGACGCUGAUCGUGAUCGUCGGAUCAUGGAUUCUGCUUACGGUCCUUCGUAACCGAGCUACCGUAGCUCGACUGCAGAAGCAGUUACCCAACUUUGGAAGUGUUCCCUCGAUUCCGGUGCUAGGGUCGGCGUAUCACUUCAAAGAUCCUACGCCGGCCGGAAUUUUCAACACCUUUGUCGGAUUCCACAAGCUGUACGGCCGUAACCUCAUUGCGCAAAAUCUGUUUAAUCAGCCCGCGUUUCAAAUCACCGAACCCGCUGUGAUCGAGCAGGUGAUCCAGGCGAAGACCAUCGAAAAGACGAUAAUCUACGACUUCAUGAUGCCUUGGUUGGGAUCAGGGCUCGUAGUAUCCACCGGGCCGAAGUGGGCACAACGCCGAAAGAUUAUUACGCCAACGUUCCACUUCAAGAUUCUCGAAGACUUUCUCGUCAUCAUGAACCACCAGGCGGACGUGCUGAUACGGAAGCUGUCCGCCAACGCAGGAGGGCCGGAUUUCGACAUUUACGAGCCCGUUACCUAUUGUGCGUUGGACAUUAUCUCCGAGUCUGCGAUGGGUGUAAAGUUGAACACUCAGGAAGAUCCACAGUCGGAGUAUGUGCAAGCCGCUAAGGAAAUUUCAGACAUCAUCUACAAACGAAUGUUUUCCUUCGGACGUGAAUUCAAAUGGUUGUUCCUGCUUAAGAAAGCAUCCCGACGGCUAAAUGAGUGCCUUAAAGUAGUGCACGGCUUUGCGUAUCGUGUCAUUAACGAGCGGAAAAAGCAGCUACUAGAGGAGCGGGAACGGCAACAGACCGAACGCAAGCUGGAAGAGACGGACGUUUACGGAAAGCGGCGCAUGACGUUGCUCGAUCUGCUUCUGAACGUCACCGUCGAUGGUAAGCCCCUGCCCGACGCCGACAUCCGGGAGGAAGUCGAUACGUUUAUGUUUGCCGGGCACGAUACCACCACGUCCUGCAUCAGCUUUGCUAUCUAUCAUCUCUCUCGCAAUGCCGCCAUCCAGCAAAAGGUAUACGACGAGAUUCAGCACGUCGUAGGAUCGGAAGCGAAGAGUGUGGAGCUCACGCACAGCACUCUGCAGGAACUGCGGUACCUUGAGAUGGUGAUAAAAGAAACGCUGCGUAUGAAACCGUCCGUACCGAUCAUAGGGCGGAAAUCGGCUGGCGAUAUGGUGGUUGACGGUGUGCAGAUGCCGAAGGGUAUGGAAUUCGCGAUCCUCAUCUACGCGCUGCACAACGAUCCGCAGCUCUACCCCGAACCGGAAAACUUCGAUCCGGAGCGCUUCAGUGAGGAGGCACAGGCGUCCCGGCAACCUUACAGCUACAUCCCGUUCAGCGUUGGUUCUCGGAACUGCAUCGGCCAGCGUUACGCUAUGCUGGAGAUUAAAACGAUCCUGGUGAAAUUGUUGGCCAACUUCCAGUUUUUGCCCUGCGAUGACCACCACAAGCUGCUUAUCAAAACCGAUAUGACGCUGAAACCGGUAAAUGGUGCGUACGUAAAGAUUGUGGCACGCUAGUGGUUGUAAGGUUGCUUAUCACUGCGCGAAAGUAGGCGCAAGACGUUUCGUAUCACUUGCACGCGGCUUGCGAUUGCGUAUCUA